CCCUACAACCCAAUUGAAUUUUCUUUCCAACUUUAAUAUCACACUUUCCUCACUCAGUUACUUGCCUUAUACAUACAACCCUACCUACUAUACACAGAAACAAGACACAAUGUCCUCAUCCAACACCACUACAACCAAAAAGCCCAAACCCAAAACCCAACCUCAAUCCCAACCCCAAGAAGAAAGACCCCAUCUAUCCGCCAACUUCGCCAACCCAUCAUCGCAAAGAAUCGACUAUGAUCAUGAAGUCUACCUCCAUUUGAUGUCCGGUGAUGAUGGUGAUGACACCCGCAAGGACAAGAACAGAAGCAAGACGCCAAAUCAGGUGUAUAGAGAGAAUAUCGUACGGAGACAUACGACUCGUGCGCUGGACCCGGCAGUCGUGGAUCCUAAUGCGCAGAGGGAUCCGAGUCCCCUUGAUUUGGAGUGGGCGGAAAGUCAGAGGGUUAGGGAGAGGUUGGUGGGGAACUAAUUGGGUAUUAUGGUAAUCUGAGGAUGAGGAUGAUUAUGGAUUUCUACCGGACGAGUAAAAGGAGGGAAGAAAGAAAGAAAGAUAGAAAAUGCAACGUCGUGAUGAUUAUUCAUUCAGAAGCAACA